GCAAUGUACGUACGUAUCGCUGCAGUCUGCUGACGGGCGGCUCGGCUGACCUCCAAAGAGCAACUUCGAAAGGUGCCGCAUCACUUGUAUCACUUGUUCGCCGAUUUCUCUUUUUUUUACAUUAACGAGUGUGCAGUCGAGGUGGAUACAUUGUUGAAACUUUUUCUAUCGGCGUUAUUUAUACUUUAGUCAUUAGGGAAGAUCAAUGGAUAACGUUCUGGCAGUGAAUGCCGCGUCGCUGGACGGAAAGGCUCCUUCAUUCCGCGACCAACUUUACGGCCCGCUUUCACGGACUACCGUUGCUUAAAGACAGCCCCGAAAAGAAAGAUUAAAAGACACACAAAAAAAACAAGGAAAGCUGUGGCAUCGUACGCACUGUCACCCCGUCAAAGCCAGAGUACGCGAGCGACCAUUUCGCACUCGGUUCCGACCGCUAGGAGGCGACAUACGAGCACACGUCGACCAAGGCAAGGUCCGGUGACUGACGUCGAGGGAGAGGAAGCAACGGCAGCGCCACGGUGCGGCGGCGGCGACCGCGGGAAGCAGACGGAGCAGACGUGAUGGGCCUGUCGGCCGAGGAACCCUAUCUGCCCUUGCUCGGUCCAGUCGGGAAGGCGACGAGCGCGUCGACGAGCCUCCUGACCGCGACGCCGACCGUUUCGUCGCGACCGACAAGCGCCGCCGACCCGGCGCCACCGGCGAGGCGCAGGCCCGAACGACGUCACAGGUGGUGGCGGCGGUGGUGGCGCCACCUGUCGCCGCUGUCGCGAUGCCGCGGCGAGUCGCUGGGCGUGCCCCUGGUGUCGGCGCUCAACCUGUCGCUCGCCGUGUCCGUGGUGGUGUCGUGCAAGCUGUGCUACGACCGGGCGCGCCUGCCCAACCUGUCGCUCACCGUGGUGCACCUGGCCGCCUCGCUGGCCGCGCUUCGCACGGCCGCGGCGUUCAAGGUCACGUGGGCACCGCAGACGCCUACUUCUGAAAACGCUAGCGGGGCCCGAGUCUCGUCUUCGGCCAGCGCGACGGCGUCCUCCUCCCUCGAGCACUGGAGGCUCGCCGUUCUCCUGUGCGCCUUCAUGGCGCUCCCCAACCUCUCGCUGGAAUUCAACACCGCCGGCACCAGCACGCUGCUCAGGCUUCUGUCCCUGCCAGUGACGGCCUGGUUGCAGACCACGGUCUUCGGCCGCAGGCAGCGCCGAGCGGUCGUCCUGUCGCUGCUGCCGGUGGCCCUGGGCGUGUCCAUGAACGCGCUCGGCGAUCUGCGCUUCAAUCCGGUGGGACUGUUCUUCGGGGUCGCCGGAGCCGCGGCGGCCGCCUUCUAUUUCACCCUGGCGGCCGAGCAGCAGCGCCGCCUGUGCCAGCCGCCGUGGCAGCUGCUCGAGUCGCAGCUGCGGCGCGCCCUGCCGGCGCUCGCGCUGGUCGCCCUGCUGCUGGAGCCCCCGUGGCGCGGACCCCGGGGCCUGCUGGCGCGGCAGUGGGCGCCGCGCGACGCGGCGCUGCUCGUGGGCUCGUCGCUGGCCGGCUGCCUGCUCACGCUCACCAUGCAGUGGCUGCUGGGGCGCACGUCGGCGCUCACCUACCAGGUGCUGGGGCACGUCAAGAUGUGCGCCACCCUGCUCGCCUGCGCGGUCGUCUUCGACGAGCACCUCAAGCCGGUGCAGCAGGGCGGCGUCUUUCUGACCCUGUGCGGUGCCGUCCUGUACACGGUCUUCAAGGCACGGGACGAUCCAGCGUCGUCGACCGCUCCGCCUCGCCCCGACCGGCAUCGUUCCCCCUGCAACCAGCCGCUGCUCGGCUCGCCGCCUGCAGCCGUCAAGUGACGUGGCUGGAUGCCGGGGACCGGACCCUAUAUAGCGAUCGAUCGAAUGAGUGACCGACCGGCAGGCAGUUGCUCGGUCGGUCGUUAUGGGUGUACAGACUUUCUCUCUCGCCCCCCUCGUGAUUGUUGUGCAGACUGUUACACUACGGGCGUCACUACAUCGCUGUUCCUGCGGACACCCCCCCACCCCUGGAAAGCGUCACUGCACUGCGGACAAUGCAGAACUGUUCCACGGUCGACACGUGACCUGCCGGUCGUUGUACGCACGUUCCUGUAUGUCUGUACAUAGCCUUAAAUAUAUCAAUUCAAGU